CCCUUUCUUUUCUUCCCUGUCAUCUCCAAUUGCUUGCCGGUUUACCCCGCGCCGUUGAUCGUCAGUAUGGAUCUCGUCAACCACCUCGAAGGAAGACUGCUCUUCGCUGUCCCUAAAAAGGGUCGUCUCCAACAAGCUACGCUGGACCUCCUGGCCGGCUGCGACAUCCAGUUCCGUCGCGAAACCCGCCUGGACAUCGCUCUGGUCAAGAACCUCCCCAUCGCCCUCAUCUUCCUUCCCGCGGCAGAUAUCCCCACCUUCGUCGGUGAAGGCCGUGUUGAUCUCGGUAUCACCGGUCGCGACCAGAUCGCCGAACACGAUGCGCUGCUGCCCCGCGGCGAAGUCUCCAACGUGGAGGAGGUCAUGGACCUUGGCUUCGGCGGCUGCAAGCUCCAGGUGCAGGUCCCGGAGAAGGGCGACAUCACCGAGGCCAAGCAGCUGAUUGGUCGGAACAUCGUCACCAGCUUCACUGCCCUCACUGAAGCGUUCUUUGCCAAGCUCGAGGGCAAGAGCGAUGCUGACAAGAGCGAGCUCAGCACUAAGAUCAAGUACGUCGGCGGCAGUGUUGAGGCUGCUUGCGCUCUGGGCGUUGCUGACGGCAUCGUCGAUCUUGUUGAGUCCGGUGAGACCAUGAAGGCCGCUGGUCUCAAGGCCAUUGACACCGUCAUCGAGACUAUCUCCGUCCUGGUCAAGUCCAAGAAGACCCAGAACCCUCUGGUUGACCUGAUCGCUUCCCGUAUCCGCGGUGUCAUCACCGCCCAAAAAUACGUCCUGUGCCAGUACAACAUCCCCCGCGGAGAACUGGCCACCGCCUCCAAGAUCACCCCCGGCAAGCGCGCACCCACAGUGACCGCCCUGGAAGAAGACGGUUGGGUUGCUGUAAGCUCGAUGGUCGAGAAGAAGAAGAUCGCGACGGUCAUGGACGACCUGACCAAGGUUGGCGCAACGGAUAUUCUGGUCCUGAACAUCGCCAACUCGAGAACGGGUUAACGUGAAGCCGAAAAUGUUAUCUUGCUAUAUUUUAUUUUUUUCUUCUUCUCUUCUUGUCAUGUAUAGGGCGCGCUUCUUCUCUUCUUUCGCAUUAUAUUUUUUUUUUUUUCUUUUCUUAUGAUCAAAAUAUUAUCGGCAUUCUAGAUGGUUAGACACACGGGUAUAAUCGAG